AUGGAAAAUGAUGGCUUCCGCACGUGGGGAUUUGUGCUGUACCGCUGCACAUACAAGAGUGACUCAGACUGGGAGAAGUUCAUGCAGCGAUACCUCGAACCAAUUACGAGGGUGCUAACGGAUGGCAAUGGAGCCGAUAUCCUCGCUCGCUUCGCACCGACUGUAUUCGAGGACCCGUCCUUCGAGGGCGCGUCUUCGUUUACCAUUCGGGAUCAUUUUAACAAGUGGGCGACUACUGCACCCCAGGAGGAGCAAGGAGUCUCGGCAGAAGAAGCGCAACAGAAACUGUCUGGCCGGUACAAGUUUUGCAUUAUGGCCGACGAGGAAUGCGUGCAAUCAGUUCUAAAUGCUCCAGCAAGCGACUCAUCUGAUGCCUCGGCCUUUGUUCGGCUUGUGUAUGGCGGAUGGAAGCCAUUAGAGCUAAGCGAUGAAGAGAUAGCCGGAUAUGAUCAUUAUGAGCCGGAGGUCCUCGAUCCGAUUGAAGGUUGUACCGAGCGGGAUGUCGGGGCCAUGAGAGUGCGUUAUCAAGUUGCUCAGCAUCACGGAUAUGCGGUCUUACACGAUAACCUUGACUGGGAAUUGAAGUAUGUUCGCGCUCCCAAAGUUGGUCUUUGUAUAUAA